AUUUCGAAAAAUGAUAUGGAAUUUAGAAAACUAUUGUAGUAGAUGGAAUAUGGUGGUAAAUUUGCAAAAAUCCAAGAUAAUGGUGUUUCGAAAUGGAGGACGGUUAUCUUCAAGGGAGAGAUGGAAAUACCUCAAUGAAGAAAUUGAAGUGGUGAACGAAUACUGCUACCUUGGAGUCCUGCUAACUCCAAAAAUGAGUUUUACUAAGCAUGCAGAACAAAGAAACAAACGAGCGAAGAUUUGUAUAAACGCAGCUUGGGAAAAUCUGAUCAAUAACUCAAAUGUAUCCCUUAUAUCGAAAUGGAAAAUUUUCCAGAGUGUGUGCAAAACCACACAGUCAUAUGCAGCCCAGGUGUGGGGGUACAACUGGUUUGAAGAAGUAGAUGAACUACAAAGACUCCCGCAUAAGCUUUCUAUAAAAAUAUGGAACAAACAAAUUUUCUGGGCCUUGGCACUGAAAUCUUGGUCCGAAAGCACUAACGUUCCAAUUGAAAAUCUAUUCAGAACAGCGCAAGAUUGGUCUACAACCACAACUAUACUUGUAAAUAAUCUCAAAAGGAAAAGCUAUACAGAGAAAAUAGAUAGAGCAAGAGCAAGUGAAAGCAGAUUUUAUCGUUUUUUGAAUCCAGAAAUCGGGAUUGAAUACAUGCAAGAUGUUUGGAAACUGGACAAAAUUGCUAUUAUAAUGAAAACAAGGGCAGAUGUACUUCCACUGAAUGGAAACGUUUUUAGAAACGCAGCGAGACACCAAUGUACAUUGUGUAACUUGAGAGAAGUCGAAAACUUGCAACAUUUCAUAGCCAGAUGUCCAGUAUUACAAGAAUUUAGGGUACGGCAUUUUGGAACUGCCUAUCUAGAUGAUGUACAGCUAAUACAAAUUUUAAAUGGAACUUUUUAUUGUGGGUGGGAUGGAUUAUAUAAUUAUGUUAGCAAUGCUUUGAGAUAUCGGAACUACAUAAAUCGAGAACAAUUUUGAAAAAAAAAAAAAAAAAAAAAAAAAAAAA